AUGCCCAUGGUCUAUUCCCUCCCAUCCGCUACACAAUCUCCCACCAGCAUCAACUCAUCCUAUGGAUUCACAUCUCCUACGAGUGGAGAGACUACAGGUCGUGAUAGUUUCGCUUCUAGCGAAGGAAUGGACGGACAAGAAGUCGACGAGGAGCGUGCGCCCCUCAAGAAGAAGAGAAAGUCGAACAAUGAUGUUGCCGAGAAAUUCGAACAAGCGCCUAGCAAGCCAGUCUUGCAAAGACGCCAUAGUACUAUUCCCGCCACACAACCGCCGGCUCUUGGCCGCGAACGCCAUAGGCGAGCGUCGGCCCGCAAUUGGCAGAAGCAGAAGCAGCAGAGUGCCGACCUCGAGUCAGCCAAAGAUACCGCCGAGGCUCGUAAUCGGGAACUUCAUCAAGAGCACUCGAAAAUUCUGAACCAGGUCAUGAACCUCAAGAACGCUCUCAUGGAUCACGCCGAGUGCAACCACCCGGCUAUCAACGGGUGGCUCCGCUGCCAGGCGGCUAAUUAUGUUCUCACUAAGGGCGGAUCAGUCGACAUGGGAUGGAAGGGCGAGGUUGAAUCUGGUGCGGAGUUCUUCUUGGGGUUCUUCAUGAUCUAG